GUGCUGAUAAACAGUCAGCCAGUAGUUUUGUACAAUAUUAUGAUUUAUAAAAUGGAAUAAACAAAAACAGUACAUGGAGUUAUCAAAUGGAGUGGAAUAUAUAAUAAUAUAUAAUCUGUGAAGUUGAUUAAUUUGGUGUGUUAUUGGCAGCAGUUCUGAUUGAAUAUUGCAUUCUUUUAACAAUAUUGGAGUGUUUAGUGAAAGCUGUAAAGAUAUGGGAAUGGAUUUAGGAUUGAUUUAGUUUUAUGUCAGCGUGUUUGGUCAGAUAUUAUAUAAAACAAUACACAUUGUAUAACUAAACAUUUGCUGUUAUCUAAAUAAUGUUGUAUGUCUUUAUUUGCCUGGAAGGUAGCUUUCUCUUGAUACCUGUUUAAGAUAGUUUCUCUUUAUCAUUGAACAGGGAAGAAAUCAAUUAAGUGUCAAUUUAUUGACUAAACUACAACUCCCAAACAGGAGUAUUGUAAAUAUUAUCUUGAAAUAUGUGGUCUUUAAUUGGCAGACACAAUUGAGGUCAAAUCUCAACUUUCCUAUGUAGGUGCCUCUUAGAGCAUUAAUUCAUAGAUGAGUGGGACACCCAGGUAGAACCUAGAAACUUUUUUCACAUGAAAGAAUUCUACAUCUGAAACGGUUUUGAUCCACAGUGUUGUUGCUAUUGCUCAUGGUUAAUUGGUUACAGUAGUGCAAGAUAUACUUCUGAUUAUAUAUUUACUGGUUCGGACAUGGCUAGUACAUUAUUCUGAUGGAUAACGAUGUCUUAAGCCACAGUUGUCUUUUGCUUGCUCCACUCAGGGAUCAAACUCGGUACUUUUAAAUUGGUGUUCCUGUGCUCUUACCCAAUUGAUGAUUAUCUGUCAAGUCUAUGAUUUGAAAUAGCAACAUAUGUUUUCAUUAUUUCAUAAAUAUUUGAAGUUCUUUGAUAAGUGUAAGGUAUACAAUCAUUUGACAAGAUUACAAUAAUAGAUUUAUUGAUUAUGAAAUUGUCUCGUUCUGUUGGAACUGUUUCAAUUGACGUGUCCGCUCUAUUUAUGUUAUAGCACUUAGAAAAUGUGUCACGGAUUUUGAAAUAAUGAAUUCUUCACCACACUUUAGUGUAAAUAUUUAAUUACUUCAAUUAAGAGAGAAACAUGUAUUUGAAAUUUCUACUUACUUAUGGAUAAAUAUUUAUAAUUCGGUAUUGAGAUGUGCUACCUUAACAUAUAAUAUCGUGAGAGAAUAUUUUCUCAGCCCUUUGGACAAUAUUGUUGAAUAUAAUUUAACAACAAGGUGACAAAAAUAUGUCAAAACAAUACUGUCUGUUUAAUUCAUAACAUAUAAAAAAAAAUUAAAAAACUGAACAAUCUGCAUUUUGCACCAGUGAAACUGACAAACCAAACAGCUUUUAGUAUGAGAGAGUGAAAAUAAAAAUAUAAGAGAAUAUGUUGAAAAUACAUGGAAAUUAUUACUAUCUCAGUUAUUGGAUAUAUUAUCUCGUGAUCAUAAAAAAUGAAAUGAAAGUGGACACCAGUUAUUGUUAUUGUUAUCAAAUUUAACAUCAGAAAUUCUUGUGAAUAAAACAGCCUUCAAAAAAGAUGGAUUGUUGUUCGGGUUGGAUGACAUAUCGAUUCACAGUCAAUCUACCUCAUAAUCAGAAGAAAGUGUUGAGAAUCAGUCCAAAGUUGACCCUCGGAGAAGUACGCCAGCUUAUAUGUAAAGAGAAGAAUUUCGACCCUUCACGCUACGUAUUUCUCUUGCCAGGAAACCCAAACAAUUCCCUAGAGGACUCUGUCACUGUUGGAGAUUUAAAAACUAGCGAAAUUAACUUUGUUUCUAUUGGUAUGAUUGAAGCAGCAAGUUCAAGGUCUAUGCCGAAUCUGGCGUUUGCUGCAGCACGUGCAAAUAAAGAUGCCAGUGAAACAAGAGAUGAUUCUCAGUUUAUGCCUUCAGCAGGAGAGAAAAAAGCAAAGAGAGGAUUUCUUUCCUUCCUUGGAAAGAAAGACAAAAAAUUUAAGCCACAACAACAAGAUACAGAGAUUGAAAGUAGACCGAAGAAGUCUGAAAGCUUUAAUGUACGUACAGGGCGAGACUCAGAAAGUGUACAAGCACGUCCAAAGACAAUGUAUCAUGAACAAUCGGGAGAACUUGAACAUUUUGGAAUUAGUAAAACAACUGGAGAUUUACACAGAUUUUCAGACAAAACAGAGUUUCGUAAAAGUACUGGGUCAACAUUAAUGGCAGUAAAUGAAAAUGUAAUUCUUUCGACAAAAACUGAGAAUGUGCCGCCAGAAACAGCAUCCUCUAAACAAAAUAAAAGGUUAAGUGGGUCUGGCGCACCUCCAAAAAAGAGUGCCAAAAAACGUGCUGCACCCCCUCCCCCUCAAAUGAACAAAACCCAGCCACUAACUGUUCAAGUAGAAAUUGAUGUGCAUUCCAAACUACCAGAAGAAAAUAGAAUAGAAAUACCUGCUGAACGUGUUCAUUCAAAGAAAAAUCAUUCUCGGAAUAGCUCCGAUUCUAGUGGAUAUCACGAACUUACAGUUAGCGGAGCAGAAUCACCAGAUGCUAACAAAACAGAUAACUUGCAGACAACACUUGACACAACAUCAAUCGAUAGUGCUGAACAUUUUAAUGGUGACAGUGGUAUACGGGAUAUGUCGCCUGUAAAUCAAAGAAGUACCAGUAAAGUGGUCGGAGAUGUUUCUAGAGAUUCAAGUGUAGAUAUAGAUAAGCCAUUGGCACCGGGUAAAAAGAAAAAGCGUGCACCACUACCUCCACCUGGAAUGACAGCAGGUUCUGUAGUCACUAGUGAAACUAAAAUAUCACCGCCCAGUCAAACACAGGAAAGUACUGAAAUUCACAGUAAAAUGGACAAAGCCGAUGAAUUUGAGGCAUUGCAAGCAAUGGAAGAGGUUACAAUGAAAUUCAACAUUGAAGACUCUGAUGAAGAUGAUGAUCUUCGAAUGGUGGAGGACUCGUCGAUACACAGCGAGGAUAUCGACAUUGAUGUUUCACACAGACAAAGACCCCCGACAUUUGUCGCCCCUCCGCCACCCACCGAACCACCUCCUGAGGACUCAGAACCUGUAGACCUUAAUAUGAUGGUGAAUCAAGUGGAUAAAAUUGAUAUUGGUGUUGGUGAAGACACAACAAGUUCUGGACCAGACAGUGCCAACAGUUCCCCUAUGUCAAUUCCGAGACGUGGCAGCAGAUCAAGUAAUUCCUCGAUAAACACCCUCGAGGACUUGAGUCUUGCUUUUGCACAAACUAUAGAGGCGGGAGAGGAAGCACUUGGCAUUGAUUCAGAUAAUGAUAGUGUCCAAGAGGAGUUGAAGCGUGCAAUGCCAGAGUUUAAGGACAAUAUAUCAAAGCUGACACAAGAUGGGGAUGAGGAAGGCUCGCCCUCCAGUAGGUCACAGAUGUCUGAGCAGGCCGAGGAUAGUGACCAGUCUUUCAUCAUACAUGAGACCUCCAAAGACGAAAAUAAAGAUGAAGAAGUAAAGUCGCCUCAGGGUAACCGGGAAUCUUCUGAAAUAACUUACGACUUCACAAUUGAUGCUGUACCUUCUGACUUCCAAAAUGAAAAAGAUGAAGAAUCAGACGAAAGUUUCUUCGUUGAGGAAACUAUUAUUUUACCAGCAGCUCCAGGAAUUUUAGAUUUUGGCAGUCCUAGAAAAAUUCCUGACCUUGAGUCUCCAAAGGAGCAUAAAGUGCUUUCACUGCCAACACAAGAAGAGAUUCCUGCUGAUGAAAGUGUGCCAACAGAUUAUACUGAGGAUGAAGUUGAAACUGCUCCAGUUGUAGAGGAGAAACCUCCAGAAAAAGAAGAAUUUGUUCUAACAUUUGAUGAAUUAUCAAAUGUGGACUUUAGUGCAUCUAAUCCUAAAGAACAAAGGAAAUUAAGGAGAGAUUCCAAUGAAGUGCCAAGAGUUAAUUAUAGAAUAGAAUUUCGUAGUUCUGCUGACUUUGAUACUGAAGCUGAGGACUUGAUCAAGGCAGUCCCAGCAACUGUUGUCAAUGAAGAACCUGUGUUCAAUGAUGAUGGUGAAAAUUCAAAUUAUGACAAUGGUGCAAAAACAAAGUGUUCAGAAUUGAGUUUCUCACCAGACUAUGAAGGCGAAGCUGAACAUAUGCUGGAAGAAAAAUCUAUCUCCAUGAUAAAUCUUCCAGCACAACGAACUCCAGUUAAAGAUUCAAAUAGUGAUAAUAAUGGUGCUCCAUCAGAAACAUAUGCAUCUUCCACAAAAAUAGUGUUGUCCGCUUCCCAGUCACCAUCUUCGCAAGUUAGUGAAACAUCGCCUAGAAAGGAUGAUAGUUUUGACUCCAACAGUCUUAUGCAAGCUCAGUAUAACCAGUUACAACAGCAGUUUACCAUGUGGCAAAAUCAGCUUGUUCAGAAUCAAAAACUUUUAGCUUCCCAGGGUGCUUCAGACUUUUCGACCAAUCAGAUGGCAGGAAAGGAUGACCCAUCCAAUUUGCAGCUACAACAGCUGCAGCUACAGAUUCAGAUGCAGCAGCAAAUGAUGCUGCAAUUGCAACAAAGCAUGCAGGCUUUAGCCUUACAAAACACUCUCCAAACUCUCCCACAAACUGUCAAUCAACCGCUUGUUGCCACAGGAACAUUACAAAGCCAGCAAAUUCCUCCUCCCCCACCCAGCACACAAAUAUUUACAAAAGACAAUGAAAAAUACAGACCACCUUCCCCGGAAGAGGAGAUGCCAAGGGGACAUAUUAAGGUGCUAAGCCAUUCAGAACCUCCUGCAGCCCCAGCUGCCCCUCCUCUCCCCACUGUUGUAACCUCAAAACCAAAGCCUUCUAAAGCAGAUGCAAAAUAUUCCAAACCGAAGCAGAAGAGAUUUGAGCGGGAAUUAGAUCCCAGAGAGCAACUGAUGUUAGAUAUCAGAAAUUUUGGCAAAAAGCACUUGCAUAAGACCAAUUAUCGCAGGUUCCAGUCAAAGCGACCCACUGGCAUAAAUGAUGAGGAACCCAUCUUUGUGUGAUCAGUUCAACUACCUGUCAUGUGAUACCAUUGUAUAAUAUAUAUGUCAUGUGACCAUGCAUCUGUCAUGUGACUCUACCUGUAUGUCAUGUGACCAUGUAUAUGUCAAAUGUGACUACAGUGUAGUUAACUUUUGUCUGUCAUAUCACAUGAUACAAUUUUGUGCCAGUUCAAACUUCUGCACACCUGCUGAUUAGGUUAGUGAUAUUUGACCAGUCUGGCGAGUUUACAGAGAAGUGUUUGGUUGUGAAUACUGAUCACUGUGUUCAUUGAGAGAAUUCCGAAGUGGAAGGUAUGGAAAUAUGGUCAAGAACACAUGCAUGUAGAGACAAAGGGUGAAGCGGAGAUAACAGCCACUGUUGUCAUAUCAUAGAAUCCCCGAAAUUGAUGUAUUCAUAUCAUAGCAUUAUAAAUAUAUAUUAUAUUAUCAGUCAUACAUUAUCUCACCAUCAUAGAAAAUUUUGGACCAGUUAACCUUAAAAAUUUCAUUCCAUUUUUGUAUAGUAUGUAUAAAGAAAGAUAUGGUAUAUCUGUUAACAUACAGUUUUAUAUGAUUUGCAAAGAGCCUAUGUUUUAGAUAUAUCUAACUGUUAGCAUGUUAAAAAUGCAGUAUUCCUGUACCAGAAUGGUCAUAAAUAGAUUUUGUACAGAAGUCCCCCAAACACAUUUAAAAAUAGUUGUAAAAUACCCUAGGAAAUUUGUUAUUGAAAAAAAGCCAAGAACUGAUUUGUAUCUUGAAUCACAGGUGUGGAGAUACAUUGCCAUUUCUUUGUCUCUACCUUGGAAUGUCCUAAAAAUAUUGUUUAAUCAAAUUUGUCAUUCUUCAUUAGGCAGAUAGUCUUACAGACUUCCAUAGAUGGCAAUCCAUGAUCUGUAAAUAUAUAUAAAGAAAUGAAUAUUUAAGGGACCAUAAUUCCUUUAAUUAUUGCCUUCUAACCUCCUUGUUUAUAAGAUUGUUACAGUUAAGGGGGCAUCUGUGUAAUGAAGACACAUUGUUUAACUUUUGUUAACAAAUCUAAAUGUGCAAUGAAUUAUGUCAGUUGUUACUAACUUGUUAAUACAUUUAUAUUUUCUAUACAACUCAUCUGUACAUAGAUAAAAAAAAAAUACUAUGCAUAUUUAUAUAUAAAAAUAAAGCAAAAUUAAUCAUGAAAAAUAAUCAAAUCAAGAAACUUAUAUACCCUUGAAUGUAAAUGUUAAUCUGUGUCUCUUUAGUCACAUAGUUCUGAAUUAAGCCAGUUCCUGUUUUGUUUGGUUCCAGGCUCUGAGGUUAAAAACUUUAGUUUGGAGACCAGUCUUGGAAUUUAGCUUUGUCAUUGGUUGAUUUAAGUCUUGAGCUCAAAAUGGACCAAUCAGGUGCUCAACUUUUGAGACUGGUCUCAGAACUUGUGUAUUUAUAAGCUUGAACCCAGUAUUUGUAAUCUGCUGUUACAUAACAAUAUUUUCAAAAAGACAAUUUUAAGUCAGAUUAUAUUUGGAAUAAAAUAAAUAUAAGAUUUGUUAAAACUUUUAUUCCUUUGUAAAUUUGAAAUGCAUGUAUAUUUUCAUUUGGACGAUAUUUUGGAUUUUAUUACUAAAUUGGAAUUAUCUGGAUUUUUUUGGUAUAUUAUUUGGAAUUAACUGGAUUAAAAAAGGCAGGAGUAAUAUUAACAGUCAGUGUUGCUCUGUCAUUGAUUUACUGUUCAGAGUUAUAUCAGAGCAGAUUAAAUGAUAUAUUUAUGCAUUUUCUUAAAGGUACUCGUUCACAGUUUUGAUGAAAAAUUAGAAAACUAUGUGAAUGAGUCUCUUUAAAAGUACUCCUGUUGGAGUAACUAAUAUUGUUUCUAUUUUCAGGAAUCAAAAAAAUGUGCUUUUAAAGUGAGAUUUUAUUUUUAUUCACUUGUUGUACCCCCACAGAACAAAGUUUGGGCGGGUAUAUAGGAGUGAGCUUGUUGGUCGGUCGGUGCGUUGGUUUUGCAUGGUUUCUGGAUGAUAACUCAAGAAAGGCUUGACCAAUUUAAAUAAUUUUUGGUACACAGGUGAACCAUCAGAAAAUACAGGUCAAAUUCGAAUUUGGGGUCAAAGGUCAAGGUCACAGUAACCCUGAACAGUUAAACGGUUUCCGGAUGAUAACUUGAGAACGCUUGGGCCUAGGAUCAUAAAUUUUGGUACACAGUGUAACAUCAUGAAAUGCAGGUCAAGUUCGACUUUGAGGUCUGUAGGUCAAAGGUCAAGGUCACAGGGACUCGGAAAUGUUAAAUAGUUUCCGGAUGAUAACUUGAGAACGCUUGGGCCUAGGAUCAUAGAUUUUGGUACACAGGUGUAACAUGAUGAAAUGCAGGUCAUGUUCGACUUUGAGGUCUGUAGGUCAAAGGUCAAGGUCACAGUGACUCGGAACAGUUUAAUGGUUUCCAGAUGAUAACUUGAGAACGCUUGGGCCUAGGUACACAGGUGUAACAUCAUGAAAUACAGGUCAAGUUCUGCUUUGAGGUCAGUAGGUCAAAGGUCAAGUCACAGUGACUCGGAACAGUUAAACGGUUUCCGGAUGAUAACUUGAGAAUGCUUGGGCCUAGGAUCCUAGGAUCGAGAACGCUUGGGCCUAGGAUCAUAAAUUUUGGUACACAGUUGUAACAUCAUGAAAUGCAGGUCAAGUUCAACUUUGAGGUCUGUAGGUCAAAGGUCAAGGUCACAGUGACUCGGAACAGUUAAAUGGUUUCCGGAUGAUAACUUGAGAACGCUUGGGCCUAGGAUCAUAAAUUUUGGUACACAGGUGUAACAUCAUGAAAUACAGGUCAAGUUCUACUUUGAGGUCAGUAGGUCAAAGGUCAAGGUCACAGUGACUCGGGAACAGUUGAACGGUUUCCGGAUGAUAACUUGAGAAUGCUUGGGCCUAGGAUCAUGAAAAUUGAUAGGGAGGUUGGUUAUGACUAGCAGAUGACCCCUAAUGAUUUUGAGGUCAGUAGGUAAUAGGUCAAGGUCACAGUGACCCGGGAAAAUUUAAACAGUUUUCGGACAAUAACUUGAGAAUGCUUGGGACUAGGAUCAGGAAACUUAAUCUGGAGAUUGGUCAUGUCAAGCAGAUGACCCAUAUUGAUUUUGAGUUUCAAAGGUCAAAGGUCAUUUAAACCUUUUACUGACAAUAACUUGAGAAUGCUUUGGCGGAGGAUCAUGAAACUUCAUAGGGAGGUUGAUCAUGACUAGCAGAUGACCUCUAUUGAUUUUGUGGUCAGUAGGUCAAAGGUCAAGCAAGUUCGGCUUUGACAUUGGCUUAGUUCUGUGACAAGGCCAUAUUGUGGGGGUAUAAUUCGUCACUCCUGUGACAACUCUAGUUUGGAAAUAGAAUUGAUGAAAAUGUAUGCAGGCCAGUCUAGACAGUAUGCAUGAUAUUACAGUUAUCAGAUAUAAGAUUUCAAUAAACAUCUAGUUAUAUACUCAAAACUAAACCAUAUUAGACUGUGUUAUGUAUUUUUGUAUGUCAUUUAUUAUUUUGUAAUUGCAAAUCUGAAUAAAACUGUGAUGAGAGGAUUAGGUUUGUGAAUAUGUGUUGGAAUGACUAGAAAUUCUGACGCAAAAAAAAUCUACAUAUAGUAAAUAAAGUCAAACACUG